AUGAGCACCAAGGGGGCUUCACUGAAAGGUUUGUUGCUGGCAGCCCUUCUGGUGUCCCACAUGCUUCUGACAAAGGAAGGAGUGACCUCUUUGCCUAUCUGCCCCAAUGGAUCUGUCAAUUGCCAGCUCUCCCUUGAGGAGCUUUUUGACCGAGCAGUUAAACUUUCACACUACAUUCACUUCCUCUCUUCGGAAAUGUUCAGUGAAUUUGAUGAACGCUAUGCCCAGGGGCGGGGUUUCAUUGCAAAAGCUGUCAACAGCUGCCACACUGCGUCUUUAACCACUCCUGAAGAUAAGGAGCAGGCUCAGCAGAUUCAUCAUGAAGACCUACUGAAUUUAAUACUGGGAGUUCUACGUUCCUGGAAUGAUCCCCUGAUCCACCUGGCCUCCGAAGUACAAAGAAUCAAAGAAGCUCCAGAAACCAUUCUCUGGAAGGCUGUGGAGAUUGAAGAACAAAACAAGCGACUUCUAGAAGGAAUGGAGAAAAUAGUUGGGCGGGUUCACUCUGGGGAGGUCGAAAAUGACAUUUACACUCCGUGGGAUGGACUUCCAUCCCUGCAGCUUGCUGAUGAGGACUCCAGGCUCUUUGCCUUUUACAACCUGCUGCACUGCCUCCGCCGAGAUUCCCACAAAAUUGACAACUAUCUCAAGGUUUUGAAGUGCCGCCUAAUCCACAACAACAAUUGUUGA